AUGCUUGAAAGCAAGUUGAAAGCUCUUCGAAGAGAUUACAAGGAGAAUGUACAGCAUAAACCAGUAAUAGACUCUGCAGACCUGAUUAAGAUAAAACCCGGGUGGCAGUUACGGAUCCCUUUUUGUGUUGGCCAAGGGAAUUUCAAAAAAGAAAGAGGAAGGGAAGGCUAAAGAAAGGGACUCAUUCAAAUAUGAAGUUCUUGGUGGAACUCAUCUAUCUUUAGCCACAAAAAAACUCCGUGCAAAGAAUCCUGACAACCAGCACUUCCCAGGGAGAAUGUGUAGGGUGUAUGUUGGCCUUACCAACGAACAAGCAAUUUAUUUAGGUGCCAUGCAUCAACAGUCUUCAAUGUACCAGCAUGACGUUUCAUACAGGGAGGAGGCAAGACAUUGUUUCAUUUUGAUUAAUCUUUUUUGCAUAUCAAUGAUUUUUUUUUCACAAUAAUAUUUUUUUUACUUUUCUGUUUCAUAUUUUUCCUCCUUCAAGCUGUAACAAUAUACCCUCAAAUAUAUUUAGCCUUAUGUCGUUCUUGUUAGCUAGUUAGGGUGUAUGCAUUAUGCUCUAUCCUUCAAUGAAUUUAAUUUUUCUUUGUUGUUAUAACCAAUUGAUCUUUUUUUAAUUCAGUCUGCGAGCACUACAAUCCAUAGUUAUAUUUUUUAGCUUGAUUGAUUAUUUUAUGAGUCCUUUUAAAGUAAUAAUUUCAAAUUAUCCUCAGGUUGAGAGGCGUCGUAUGCAGUUGUUCAGAGAGGAGAAUAUUUCAGGUAAUCCACCAGAACCAAGGCCAUCAUGGAGGGAUGACUGUUCGGUAAUACUACGUAAGCAGGCAUGCCAAGUUGACUGUAGGAAGAUGAUUUGCCAGACAAUUCACUGCAUCUAUGGUUGAUGUAGUAGUAAUUUAUCAAAAAUAGAAAGGCUUUAGUACAUACAAAUGUGUACAGUUCCCUGAGCUGAGUCAAAAUCUAACUUUACUGCUGUCAUUAUGAAUAACCAGUGGCGGAUCCAGACUUUGAACUAAGUGGAGGGCUUGUUCAUCCAGACCCUGAGAUAAGAGGGGAACCCACUCUAAAAAAAACUUCUCAGCCCCGCAAGCCUCAGUUUAGCCUACAUGUAGGAAUAUGAUGGGACCUGGGUCCUCUGGGCCCCUCCCCUAAAUCCGCCAUUAGUAUCUGGAAAUAGAACAAUAUAUUAAUUAACGAGCAGAGAUUAUCUUUGUUAAGAAAGGUGAUGUACUGUAAGUUUAUUGAAUUCACUUUAAAGAUACUUUAAUACAUUUAUUAUUUGCUUUCAAUGUUGAUAAAGGAUUUUCUAAUUGAGCUCACAUUUUCCUUUGAUUACUUUGCUACCAAAAUCAAAAUCAUCUAAGUUUGAAUCAACCAACAAUUUUUAAACUAUAAUUAAGACCAGUCUUCUGCAAUUGCCUGGAGUAGGAGAUUGGAUAUAUUUUAUGGAAAUAGUUAUUGUUUUUGUUUGUUUAUUGCAACUUGAUAAUCCAUUGUAAUUAUGUUUCGUAAUACCCGUCAGGUGUUUGUAACUUUUGAUUGUUGGGUUUAAUUUGCAGGUGCAGUAGGUUGUGGGUGCAAUGGAGGGUAUGAGGAUUGGAAUUAAGGAGCAAGUUACAGGGCCUUUAGACACACCUGCACACUUGUAAAUUAAACCCUCUGAUUUGAGAUAAUCAUUAUUGUUGUGGAAAAUACCUUAAACUAAACCUUUAUGUGCAGGUAAUAGAAAAGAAAAUCAGCUUGAAAGAGUUGAAAGAAGAAGCGGAACUUCUAAAAGCUCUUUCCCAAGUGCAAGAUGCCAUUGUCAAAUUUUUCCACGUGGGUACUGGCAGGAGACUGUAA